CUUCCGGGUGAUGGAAAGUUGUCAACAGUUUCGCAGGAGGAGAAUUAAUCUGUAAAUCUGAGUUCGUUAGUGUCGCUUUAAAGAAAGUCCAGUCCGAGACUGCGCAAGAGGAGCGAAGCCGCGGCGUUUCUGCGGAUUUGUAGAUUAUCGGGUGGAUCUGAUGCGAAUUUAUGGAGUAUAAACAAACUUCUCGGGGGUUUUAGCAGCACGUGAACUGAGUCUUUAGUGCGUUAAAGUUCACAAAAUCUGCGACUGUGUGCAAUUUGACUCUUUAAAGGGAUUGCAGACUCAUUUUUAAGGGGCUAAUUCACGUUUCUGGGGGGGGCUCAGGUUCAAUCUGCGCGGGGUUCCCUGGUUGUGUUGGUUCUUUGCGAUUGAACUGCUCUGAUUCCCGUCAUCUGGGUUAGUUUGCUGUUCUGCUCCUAAAGUUGCUGAGUUUCUCGUCACCAUACAGAUCACCGUCGACGGAAACAGAACUUCUUGUUUUUGUAGUUACCAAACUUGUCCUGCAGACCUAACAUGAUGUCCUGGCACGUUCAGGCCUUGAGCUGCAGCGAGAAACCAUGUAAAACGCCCUAAUUAUGGUGUUUAUUUUCUUACCAUCUCUCGGAUAGGCUUUUGAUCUUGAGAGAAUCAGAUCUGCGCGUGCAUGGCGAUCAGGAGCCUCUGUAUUGUGUCCUGAGCUGUGAACGGACGUACUGUACGACUGCCAGAGGAAACAGCCAUCAGAGCCGAGCCUUGCGCAACCGCUGGGCAGAGAAACUGCUCUUGUUACUGUACUGGCUGCAGUUACACUCAAAAGAAAGAGGACAGAGCCAAAUGCAAUGGAAUAAAUUUGUUUAACUUUUACCUGCGACUUUACCUGAGGACGGAGAAUAUGAUUUAUCUGAUCCAGAUUGACCCGAGAGACUGAGCGGAAGAAAACCAGUCUCGCUUUGGAAUGGUUAGGACAUUGGUUUCUUAGAGAUUUUUGCCGUUUUGGUUUCUACUGCAAAAUAAUGAACAACAAAGAUCGAGUUUGGAGCGCUUAACGUCACACCGCUCGGUCCAGAAUGAGUGGCGGAAAGAAACGGAGCGGUUUUCAGAUCACCAGCGUCACGUCGGACUACAAUCAGGGUUCUGGAGAAAGCCAUCCGCCGGAGCUCCUCAGCCCUGGAACUCAAAGAGCCACGCCCCCUUCUGCCAGAAACCCCGCCCACGGGAGGAGCCCCAGAAGCCAGACCGCAUCGCCCACUCAAAUCCUAUCCAAUGGGCUGUCUCUGCGCCAUAACCCCGCCCUCCAGACGCAACAGAGCUCCAGUCAGCCGGCCACACCCAUCACGGCUAGGAAGCAGAGUUCGCUAGAUGGGGCGUCGCGUUUCCGCGUCGUGCGUUUGGAUCAAGGACCGGGCGAGCCGUAUAAACGCGGCCGCUGGACAUGCAUGGAUGUGAUGGAGAGAGAAGUCGAGGAGCGUGGGCUCCGCCGCGUGAUUGACAGCAUGAGACACGCCCACUCGCUGGAGUCCUUAGAGACGGUCGGGCUGGGCGGAGCCGAAGGAGCAGUGGGCGGAGCCAGACUUAAACAGUUGGGCGUGCAGGUAGGUCACAUGGUACACUCACAGGGCACCACCCACCUGCUGACCCAAUGCCGGACAGACUCCGCCCACAGCGGCCCGCCCUCGCCCACACAUGACACGCAGCCAAUCAGGUCGCAGAUCACGCCCCGCAUGCGCAGCAUACCCGCCCCACUGCGACUCGACAUGGACGCCAUCGGCAAGCUCCGGACCACUCGCUCGCAGCCGGCGUCUCCCGGACCUCACGCGAGUCGGGACAGUCCCUUCUAUCCGGCGCUGACGCCCAUCCAGACGCCGUCCGCUCUCGCGCUGGCGCAGUCCAUGCUCGGCAUGAGCCAAGCCUUUGAGUUUGUGGGAGACGACGGCUGGAGUGGGUGGAGUGUGGAAUGCUGGGAUCUGUGUGGGCGGGCCUAGAAUCCCAGCGCGAGCCGUGAUUGGCUGCGGCGGACAGUGGGUGGAGAACAGCAUCAAAGAGUGCAGUGUUGAUGUGUGUGUGUUUGACUCUGCAUGUUUACAUGUGUUUGCGUGUCACACGGGAACACACACACACACACACUCGCGUCCCGAGACUGAGAUCUGGCUCACACAGGUGGACUUUCACCCCAGAUUACUCUAAUCCAUCCGCUGCUGCUGGGAUUUCUGGGAUUGACGGAUUACAGUUCAGAAGCCGGCGGGCGUCUCGUGAUGAAGGAACUGAAGGAACGUCACUGAGGUCUCACCAAGACUCGAGGACGCUAGUAACUUCACUGCAUUUUUUAGUGAAAUGAACGGUUCUCAGUUCGUUCUCUGCAGUGCAUUUUUUUGUUUUUUUUUUGUAGU